UUACAGAGCGGAGACAGGCGGUGGAUGGGGAAGGGCAGUCGCCGCAGCAGCAGCAGCAGCAGCAGUCGGGCGCAUCGACCGAAGCAUGCUCCAGCGCAGCCAUGACUUGCUCGGCGUCAGAUAGCGAGAAGAUCGUGAUCAACUGCGGCGGGAUCCGACACGAGACUUACCGGAGCACCCUGAAGACGCUGCCGGGGACGCGCUUGUCUUGGCUGACCGAGCCCGACGCCUACAGCAACUUCGACUACGACCCCAAGUCCGACGAGUUCUUCUUCGACCGCCACCCGGCCACCUUCGCAUUCAUCCUCAACUACUACCGCACCGGCAAGCUCCACUGCCCCAACGAUGUGUGCGGGCCGCUCUUCGAAGAGGAGCUCGCCUUCUGGGGCAUCGACGAGACGGACGUGGAGGCGUGCUGCUGGAUGAACUACCGGCAGCACCGUGACGCCGAGGAAGCCCUGGACAGCUUCGAGACCCCCGAGCCGGACGCGCCCGAGGAUGACCCGGCGCUCACCGGCGGGGCGGACGGCGACCUGAAACGGCUGUGCAUGCAGGAGGACGGCCGCAGGGCGACGUGGUGGUCGGUGUGGCAGCCCAAUAUGUGGGCGCUAUUCGAGGACCCCUACUCCUCCAAAUACGCCCGGUAUGUGGCGUUUGGCUCACUCUUCUUCAUCCUCCUCUCCAUCUCCACUUUCUGCCUGGAGACCCACGAAGCCUUCAACACCAUCUAUAAUAAAACGGAGCUUGUCACCGUUGACAACACGACACAUGAGGAGAUAGUGUAUGAGGUUGUCACAGAUGGAUGGCUGACAUAUGUGGAGGGCGUCUGCGUCAUUUGGUUCACCAUUGAGGUGAUGCUGCGCGUCAUCUUCUGCCCCGACAAGGCAGAGUUCUUCCGCAGCGCCCUUAACAUCAUAGACUUUGUGGCCAUCGUGCCCUUUUACCUGGAGGUGGCGCUGAGCGGCCUCUCCUCCAAAACAGCCAAAGACGUGCUGAGCUUCCUGCGCGUGGUGCGCUUUGUCCGUAUCCUGCGUAUAUUCAAGCUGACCCGCCACUUUGUGGGUUUGCGUGUCCUGGGCCACACUCUGCGGGCGAGCACCAACGAGUUCCUGCUGCUCAUCAUCUUCUUGGCGCUGGGCGUCCUCAUCUUUGCUACCAUGAUCUAUUACGCCGAACGCAUCGGUGCAGAUCCAGACGAUCCGACAGCUGCGGCCCACACCAACUUCAAGAACAUCCCCAUCGGCUUCUGGUGGGCUGUGGUGACCAUGACCACGCUGGGCUACGGGGAUAUGUACCCCGAGACAUGGUCGGGAAUGCUGGUCGGUGCCCUCUGCGCCUUGGCCGGUGUGCUGACUAUCGCCAUGCCUGUGCCUGUCAUCGUCAACAACUUCGGCAUGUACUACUCCCUGGCCAUGGCCAAGCAGAAACUCCCCAAGAAGAGGAACAAGCACAUCCCCCGAGCACCACAGCCGGGCAGCCCCAACUACUGCAAGCCAGACGCCCUAGCCAUGGCAACCGCCUCGCCGCACAGGCUGAUGGGCAAUGUGCUCGGGCCGGGAAUGGUGGGAUCUGGCAGCAUGAUGGGUACCGGAGACUGCCCACUGGCACAGGAGGAGAUCAUCGAGAUCAACAGGGCAGACUCCAAGCAGAAUGGUGACGCAGCGGCCAACGCGGCGGCCCUGGCCAACGAGGACUGCCCCACCAUCGACCAGGUCCUUGGGGACGAGCGUAGCCCGGCCACUGGGGGCCUCGGCUCCACCACCAGCCGCGAGCAGAACUGUUCUGAAAGCCCUGCGCUUAUCAGAUAUAUGCAAAAAGAAGCAGUAACUGUGAACUAAUGCUAAGACAUGAAAAAAAAAUCCAGCUUCUUCCAUCAUUGUCUCAACUCCUCUUCUGCAACAGAGAGGAGAGACCCUUCUCCUCCCAAGAUACCUCCUUACCAAAAUUUUCCCUGUCCAUAGUUACCAUUCGUCUGCUUCCUCAUUUUCAGUUUCUAACGUCACCCUGUCCAUGUCACGUUUCCAUUUUUUUCUGUCCUGUCCUAUUUUAUACACUUGCAUUUAAACUGCAGUAAGUUCAGAAGGAUACCUCUGCAAUGUGAGACUGCAAUGAUUCAAUGCAACCUCCCACAAAGGAUGAGGAUCACGGCCAGAUUAACAUGCCAGGGGAACCUCGGGCAAGCCACCCUAUCCCGGUUCAAACCUUGGUUGAAUGCAAAUUUAUUUAAGAAAACUUACCACAUAUGCAUAAUGCAGUAUUAGUCGGAAUAUAAGACAGCGAUUAUAAGACUGAGGCCAUUUUUUUCUAAAAUUACUUUUUGAAGGUACAAAGCACUUGUUAGUCAAAGGGGAAGAGAGUCAUCAUCCUUCUCUCUGGUAAACAUGGAAUACUUCCAUCAGAGCAUAAUGUAAAUCCCGCUUUUCUGUGACUUGUCUAUCAAUCACAUCAUGACAUCCAGUGACACCAGUAAGUCUUGGCUGGAUUGGCUGGUCCUUUUAUUUCCUCUUUGACAGUAAAACACAUCACACAAGGUUUAACUGAGCUUCCUAAGAAUUUUAGUGCUGACUUAUUCUAAAAGACGUCACCUGCGCACAGUUCCCAGCAAAAAUAGACAGUGAAAAAGGGUCUGUUCAUAUCGACACUAUACCAGCAACAUACACACCUUUCACUACAGUUUCAAUGUCUAUAUCUGUAGCAUAUGUCACAUGGAUAAACUCAACUCUGUCAUCACUAAACUUAUCAUACUCAUAUCAACUCAGUGUUGCUGUGUGGUCACAGGGUUGAUUAGUGGUACAUGUUACCAAACAAAUUUGCAAUUAAUAAAAUUAUCACAAAAUUAUUAGUACACAUUUGAACCCGGGGCCCUUUGGGUCAAUGAGGUCUGGGGCCUGGGGUAGUGGCCCGCUAUGUCCAGUUGGUAAUCCAGCCUUGACUGAGAUCUGUCUGUUCAAAAUUGUGGAGUGUCUUCACCAGUCUCGAGCAAGCCAUGUAAAACAUGUGGUAAUGGCUAAAGGAUCUCCUGGAUGAGCCUCGGACCAGCUGAACACUUCAUAGUUUUACCAAAUUUGUUUCUACAAUUGAAACUCGACAGAUCUCAAGAUGUGUUUUUUGCCCAAAAAGAUCUUUGAAGAGGUUGCAUUGACUACCCAGUGAGAUUCCACACUGCAGAGGCACCCCACAAAAGUCAAAGUCUUUUAAUCCUGCUAGUUUUUUAGCUUUUGCCCCUUGUUGCCAACGGUUCUCUCCUUUCCAUCCGUUCACAACUCAGGUAUCUCUUUCUCAAUCUCUCCUUUGGCCCCCCUGUGUUCCUGUUCACCCAUGUUUCCUCACAGAUGUAUUAUAUGUAUGUAAAAGGGAGAGACAAGAAAAAAAAGUCAAGCUUCUCCUCUCUUUUCUGUGCUCUGUUUUGUGGCUUUUGCCCCCCCCCCCUUCGAAAAUGCUAUUUUGCUUUUCUUGUCCAACUGUGCUUCCUGUCUUCUCCUUGUGCCGCCCCUCUGUGUCCCUCUUUCUGUGAGACUUUAUCCCCCCCAUCCAUCCCCCCCAUCCCGAAGUCUCUCACAGCAAAAACCAAAAAAGGAAUUGCACCUGAAAAAGAUUUAAAAAAAAGAUUGGCCAAACACUGGAUUUCACCGAGGAGGAAGACAGGAACGGACAUUUAAAAGAAUGAAAAGACUGCAGUGAUGUAUUGUAGGUGGGGAGGAGGGGAGAAAUGUGCUGUGAAAUGAUGUGUUCUGAGUGGAUUGUCAGCCGAGCAGCAUCAGAGGGAGGAGAUGGAGGAGGAAAAGUUUGGGGAAGACAGAAAAGUGUGGUGAUGAUGAGGAGGAGGAGGAGGAAAGAAAGAACGAAGCAAAAUCGCUUCUCCAUGUAAGAAUGUGUACCUCACUGUGGUUCCUGUGCACCGUUUUGCUCCUCGUGUUGUGUUUCUUCACCUGUGUGUGGUUCUGUGUUGGUGUGACAUUUUGUUUUAUGUUCUGUGUGUUUUCG